AUGCCUCCAGUACGUGUUAAAAGAUCAGAGAAUUCAAACAAAGGGUCAUAUACGUAUAGUGAGAUUUACAGCCUUGCUUUCAAACAAGUUAUAAAUGACCAGACAUAUUUGAUCGUAAAGAAUCAAAAGUUUAAAUGGGAUUUACUCAUAUUGAAUGCCAUAAUUAAUGAAGAUGAUACAAGUAAUAUGAAUGAUUCAAGUGUGGAAAAGCCAUUUGUGUUUAUUGGUUUUCUCUCUGCACUCUGUCGUUAUAAAGAAUCAGGUCUUGCUAAGAAUUUUAGGGCUAAAUUCUAUAAUAAGGUUAAACAGAUUUAUCAACUUGAAGUGAAUGAUCAAAAGACCAAGGAGCCUUCAAAUUCAAUCAGGCUGAAAUAUUCCAAUGAGAUAAUUAGUCAAAAAUUUGAAGGUAAUACAUAUGAGAGGAUGGAUAAUGAUCAUAUUUCUGAUUUUGUAAGGCACUUUAUCCAAUGGACAUCAACAUUGGUUUUAGUUGAAGAUGAUGAGCCAAAUUUUAAAUUGUUUAUUACAAAGUUCAAUGCCACUUAG